GCUUGGGAGAAAGCCUGAGAAAACAGCAAACAGAAAAUGUCACCCCAUUUCUGGGCAGGCAUGAACAAAUCUCCCCUGAAUAACAAUGGGGAUCCUCUCUUUUCUGUGAGUUUCCUCUUUUAUGAGAAGGGUUUAUAUUGCAGAGGGACUCUUGAGAGCUCAGAUGACCAGUUCUGCAGGGGAAAGAGUGAAACAACGGUUCAGCUGCUUGUUCUAAGACUCUACUUCAAGGUGAGCAAGAGCUCUUCACUUGAAAUCCUCCCCGCGAUGCUGCUGCUGCUGCUGCUGCAGGUCUCAGCGAGCUGCUUCUGGCUGGGACGCAGCGAGGUGGUGACAUCCUUUGAACACUCAUGCUCUCAGUUUUUCUUCCGGGGAACCCCACCAAAUGAAGCCCUGGAGCCAGAGAACCCAGCCUGGAUCUGCCAGCGCUACCAGAACCGCUAUUACUUUGCCACUCUGUACGACAGGAACAGGCGGAUCCCAGUGUAUUCUGCUUACCUCUACCAGCCUGCAUCUGGCACAAGACCCAAAACAUGGCUGGUUGAGCCCCAGCUGAUGGGUCCAACUUAUCCCAAAACUAUGGAAAAAGAGCAGACCCUCUUAAAUAAUUUUGGCGUCAGCUUAGAUCAGCUCCGUGAGAGCCAGGCUGUCCUCCAAGACUACAAGAACCUUACGGGUUUGAACCGUGGCCAUUUGAAUCCCAGCGGCCAGCACUCCGACUCCAGCAGCAGGACGGCCACCUUCACCCUCACCAACAUAGUUCCCCAGAAUGAGAAACUGAACGGCGGCGCCUGGAACAACUACGAGCAGCAAACGAUGAUGAGGAAGACCCAGGGAUGCAACACCACCUAUGUCAUCGUGGGUGCCGUGCCUGGGAACAACUAUAUCGCCAAAGGGAGGGUUAAUAUACCCAGCUACCUCUGGUCAACUGCCUGCUGCGAGGUGGACACCCACCACUGGAAAUCUUGGGCAGUCAUUGCUGAGAAUGACAAGAAUGAGGUCCAGCUCCUCACACUGGGGGAGCUGGAGGAUAUGUUGACCCAGCUCUAUGGGAGGAAGCAGGUUUCUCUGUUUAACAGCAACUGUCCCCGGGAAUAAUCCCCACUUCACUUCCCAGGUGUAAAUGGUUCAGGAGCUUUCACCACAUGCCCUACACAGUGUCUGUCCUCCUUCCUUCUCUAGCCGGUUUUCCAGCUCUGUCUGUCAGAGCACCUUCUCUAAUAAAAGGGAGAAAGAGGUCAGCAGAACCUCCAGCUGGUUUGCUUUUCUGCCCACCCUUGGAGGGACCUCUGAGGAAGGAGUCUUUGCUCUGGCUGCUCUGGAGGGCUGGUUGAACAGUAGCCCAUGGGCAAGGAAAUCAGAGCUUGUCACUGAGAUGAGAGGGGCUUUGCCUUUUUCCCCCUUUUUCUCCAUGCCCAUUUACAGAUCAUAGUUCCUUCCUCUUCUCUUUAGACAUCACUGAUGAUGUGAUGCUGACUUGUCCCUGACCUGUUCAGGAAGGUUGUGAGUCUAGGGUUGUUCAGGUUGCCCCAAGAGUCUGGAGUCUCUAUCUUUUGAGAAACUCAAAAACCAAUUGGACAUGGUCCUGGACAACCUGACUAGAGGAUCUCAAGAUGUCCCUCCCAAUCUCAGAAAUUCAGUGAUUCAUCCUGGGACAAGGAAAGCAAAGAGGAUUGCUGAGAGUCUGUAAGAAUUAUCCUACAAGUACAUUCUGCCCAACCGAGCCAGUGAACACAGCAAAGCAUAAAGGGAGGGAGGAAGGUGGAAAGAGGGAAGACACCUAAGCAUAGGAGGAACAUCCCAGCUCUCUUGAAGUCUGUAGAUAGGUAAAACAAGGAGAAGGAAGGAAAAAACUUACAAAAAUCAUUAGGCUCCCGAUCCCUAAACUUACACAAAGACAAUACUUAUGUAAAUUUACUAGCAGAUUUUUGUUUGCUUGCUUUUGGACCACACACCUUGAGAGCAGGAGCUGAGGUACCAGACUGCCAGGCUUGGGCAUCAGGCAUACAGCAGGCUUUGAUCAGUCAAAGAUAAAUUUCUGUGAUACAUGGGUGGGAUAUUUCCAUUCUCUGCUCUGUCUCGGCACCUUUUCUGCAGAUUUAUGUAUAACUGAUUUCAUGAAAUGUAUUCAAUGAGUGUAAAAGAUCAGUGUAUGCUAUAUAAUUUAUGUCCUGAAUAGUUUACUAUGUAAAUUAUUUGCUACAAUGCUGUAUCAUAGGGUCACCUUAUAUAUAAAUCAGAAGUUUCUACCCACUGAAA